CGAGUAAAAUGAACAUUUUACGCCUGGGCUCAGAUAUUAAUAUCUCGCUACAGUUUCAAGUACAAGACUUCCAACUGAAAUAUCAUUGGGUGUUCAUUUAAUAUUUAGUGCUCUAAUAAAACGUGCAAAUAUUCUCAGGGCGUAACCAUUGCUCAGGCGGGUUGAAGGCUGUGUUAAAAUGAUAUUUAUUAAUAUUUUCUGAAAAGUAGUGAACUGUGUUUGUGUGAAAAAUGGCUGAGGACGAAGUGCUUUUCGACGAUGUGUACGAGCUCUGUGAGAUUAUUGGCAAGGGCCCAUUCAGUCUGGUUCGCCGCUGUGUGCACCGGCAGACUGGUCAACAGUUUGCAGUCAAGAUUGUUGAUGUGGCCCGCUUUACUGCCAGUCCUGGACUUAGUACUGCAGAUCUGAAACGUGAAGCAACAAUAUGUCACAUGCUCAAGCAUCCCCAUAUUGUGGAGCUCUUGGAGACAUACAGCUCCGAGGGUAUGCUCUACAUGGUCUUUGAAUAUAUGGAUGGUUCUGAUCUCUGCUUUGAAGUUGUACGCAGAGCCACCGCUGGAUUUGUCUACAGCGAAGCCGUUGCAUGCCAUUACAUGCGCCAGAUUCUGGAAGCUCUUCGCUACUGCCACGAGAAUGACAUCGUUCACCGCGAUGUCAGACCUCAUUGCGUUUUACUCGCCGGUCGUGAUAACUGUGCCCCGGUCAAACUGGGAGGGUUCGGGGUAGCUGCCCAACUGCCUACACCGACUGCCCAUCGUGCUCCACCCGAACUGGUGAUGGACACUCGCCCGCUAAUGGGUCCAAUGGGCCAAGCGUAUCUCAAAUCAGACGAGUACGGUCGCAUCGGAACUCCCCACUACAUGGCCCCAGAGGUUGUGUCCAGCCAGCUGUACGGCAAGCCAGUCGACGUAUGGGCGGCGGGAAUACUGCUGCAUGUCCUAUUGGUGGGGUAUCUGCCGUUUACUGGGACUAGGGAGCGGCUGUUUGAGGCUAUCUGCCGUGGCCGUUUGAGGUUCGAUGCACCUCUUUGGGAUGACGUCAGCGAUGCCGCCAAGGAUUUGGUUCAGCGCAUGUUGACUGUAGACCACACUCAGAGAAUCAACAUCCAAGAAGUACUUAAUCAUCGCUGGAUAAGGGAUCGUGAAAAACAAAACCGCAUCCACCUCGCGGGGACAGUCGAAGAGUUAAAGAAGUUCAACAGCCGCCGCCGUCUCCGCGCCGCAACCCUCGCCGCGGCCGCCGCUGAUGAUGAAGAAGAUGAAGAACAACCGGCUCGACGUGCUGUCAUGUUGGAAGAGGCUAAUGCCGCUGCUGUGAAUCUCAUCGUGGAAUCUUUGGACGACGUGUCGGUGCUUCAAGAUGGCCCCAUGGUGAUGGAUCCUGAUUUAUUCCACAGCGUACUUGAUGAUCUGCAGCUAAGAGCUCUUUUAGAGAUCUACGACCGCAUAGCCAGCACAGUGGUAGUGACAAGCGGGCGGGCCCCCGCCGCAGAGGGCCGGCAGCGUUGCCGACAAGCGCUAGAGGCCGCCACGCGACUGCGCCACGCCGGCCCGGGGCCCGCCGCCGCGACGCCGGCCACGGCGUCCGCUAUACACGAGAUCAGGAGGCUGCUGGCUCUUCCACAUAUUAAGGCUCUACUUCAGGCACAUGAUGUGGUCGCCCGCGAGGUGUACGGUGAAGAGUCUCUACGGGCGUCACCGCCACCGGUCAACGGCCGCACCACCGCACCACCGCCUGAAGAUGAGGACGACACCGAACCAGAAUUCGAGAACGUGACCAGGGUCCGCCUCGUGCAGUUCCAAAAGAAUACUGAUGAACCGAUGGGGAUAACACUGAAAUUAGCAGACGACGGGAGAUGCAUCGUAGCCCGCAUCAUGCACGGGGGAAUGAUACACAGACAGGCGACCCUGCACGUCGGCGAUGAGAUCAAAGAGAUCAACGGCACGCCCGUUGCGAACCAGUCGGUUGCUCAGUUGCAGAGGAUGCUGCGUGAAGCUCGUGGAUCGGUGACAUUUAAGAUAGUGCCCUCAUACCGCUCCGCACCGCCACCCUGCGAGCUUUUCCGGAUAAAGCCUUCGCCCGUGCUAAUUUUCGUGAGAGCGCAAUUCGAUUAUGACCCACUAGAAGAUGAAUUGAUUCCGUGCGCUCAAGCUGGUAUCGCUUUUACCACUGGUGAUAUUCUGCAGAUCAUAAGCAAAGAUGACGCUCAUUGGUGGCAAGCACGCAAAGACGCAUCGGGAGGUUCGGCUGGUCUUGUACCGAGCCCUGAACUGCAGGAGUGGCGAGCAGCUUGUGCUGCUGCGGAAAGAUCGAACACCGAUCAAGUCGGAGCCGAGGGCUGCGUGUCACAUACCGACGGUUGUGAGAAUACAGUGAACUGUUCCAUAUUUGGACGCAAGAAGAAACAGUCGAAGGACAAAUAUUUAGCGAAACAUAACGCUGUGUUCGAUCAACUGGACGUAGUUACUUACGAAGAAGUCGUCAAAUUACCUUCGUUCCAAAGAAAAACCAUCGUGCUAUUGGGUGCUCACGGCGUGGGUCGGCGACACAUAAAGAACACACUCAUCUCGCGACAUCCUGAUCAAUAUGCUUAUCCUAUUCCACACACCACAAGACCUCCAAGAACUGACGAAGAGAAUGGCAGACACUAUUACUUCGUGACUCACGAAGAAAUGAUGGCCGACAUCGCAGCCAACGAGUAUUUGGAAUAUGGUACCCACGAAGACGCAAUGUACGGCACAAAACUGGAAACAAUCCGUCGCAUACAUUCAGAGCGACGAAUCGCCAUAUUGGACGUGGAACCGCAAGCUCUCAAGAUAUUGCGUACGGCGGAGUUCGCGCCAUACGUUGUGUUUAUUGCUGCACCACCGCUUAAUAAUGUUGCUGAUUACGAUGGCUCCCUAGAAGUUCUAGUCCGUGAAUCGGAACAGCUCCGCCGUACGUACGGGCACUACUUCGACCUGACGAUAGUGAACAACGACAUCGACGACACGCUGUCCCAACUGGAGGCGGCGCUACUGCGCAUGCGCUCGGCGCCGCAGUGGGUGCCCGUCUGCUGGGUCUACUGACACCGAGACCAGGACUCUUUGUAAGUACACCGCGGGAAAUGGACUGCAAAUAAGAAAUACUGUUUUUGCAAAUAGGUUCAAUAACUUUCCUAUCUGACUUGACCUUGGAACACCGAAACUCAAAGGUCACAGUUUCUUUUUAAGUCUAAACAUACGCGCAGAUAUAAGUACAGAGCGCUGAUUCCGAGUUUUGCAAAUUAAUGCUCUCGGUACGUAACUGUAAGUCGGCUGAAAUAUUUUCCAUCACAUGAUUUGAAUAUCACAGUUUGCUGGAUAACAACGUUUACCUACUGUUUCGUGAGUGAACGCGUUUGUAGUACGAUUAUAAACCGAUGACAGCUUUACUAAAUUAACAGUUCAAAAAUUAAUGCUCUGUAAUUAAGUUGUAUGAUAAUUUGCGCAUCGAGAACAUUAACUUGCAAAACUCACACUAGGUACUCUGGGUCGUUUUCUUAGCAAAAAGCUUAAUUGUGUUGCGAUUUGAAAUAUAAAUUUUCGCAAGUUUUGUUCAACAUUUUUUUGACUAUCUAUGCCGAUUAUGGAUAGUCAAAAAAAUACAUAAAGUAAGUUUUUUUUUGGAGUAGAUAAUAUCGAGAAAAACUACAAAGCACAGUCCAUUUUUCUACAAACUUACAAAGGCCCAUGAACUAUAGAAACCAAAGAUCAAAGUUUGCAGAAUUAACACCAAAACAUCACAGGACAUUGACAAGUCAACAUACCUUUUAAGCUAUAUAAUAUACUUAAAUGACACAACUGUUUAAGUAACAAUAGAAUGAUAAGUACUAUUUUUGUUUCACGUUCAAUAAAAAUAAGACACUGUUUUGUAUACUUUGCUAUCCUAUUUUUAUUAGAGCUUUAUAAUUCAUAGGCAUAUAAGAUUGUAUGACAUCUUUGAUCCUGUUUGCUGUGUGAACAAAGAUUAUGGCCCAAUCGAUCUGAAUUUCUCUUUUUUCUGUAGAAAAUAAUGCAAUGUUGGCAACACCGUUCGGGAUACCAUCCUUUUUAUGUACGGUGAAAUAAAUUGGCAGAAAAACUUAAUGUCUAUCAGUCAAAAAAGAGCAAAUCAGAUAUUUUAAUUAUUUUCUUACAAAGUAAGUUCUAAGUACACGUCACAAAAGAGUUGAUAACUCUGCGCUUGUUAUUUUAUUAAGGCAAUGAUAUUAUCUACAAUUUCAUUGAAAGACCUCAAUUAAUAUUAUUUACUUGAACAAGUAUUAAUUUUUGAUUAUUGUGAUAACUAUAAUAUUGUUUACUUACUCUUAAUAUACUAAAAAGUACUUUAUUACGAGUAACACAAAGUCUAAAAUUGCGCUUGCAUUGUUAACUUGGUGCAUCUUAGCUCAAUUUCACGAUAUGUGCCAAAUGUACUACCAGACACUUUUGAGGAAACAAAUACGAUUUUGAAAUACACCUGCACAUGUCACUACAAGAUUUUUGGAUCAAUGUACAUAAUUAUACAUUAGUACAUAAUUUAUAUUAACAAAAAAAAACUAAUUCUCUAGAAAUGUA